AUGUUGGUUUUAGCUUCACUAGGUAGUUGGCUACCAUUUGCAAUUGUUGGCUUGUUUAUUAUUUGCUUCGCAAUUCUGUUUAUAUUACGUUAUCAACAAAAACGACGUCGAGAUUAUUUGGUUACAUUUGUUUGUUCAAUUUCAUUAAUUAUUGCUUUAUUAGCAGCAAGUUUAUUACCAACAGAUGUUAUUUUUGUAUCAUUUAUGAAAUAUCCUAAUGGAACAUUUAAAGAAUGGGUAUCAAAUCCGACAACAAGAGAUCAUAUUCAAAAAUAUAUCGAAGUUGGAUAUUAUGUUCUAUAUGGCCUGGUUAUUUUUAUGGCAUUUUUGGUUAAUCCAUUUCUUUUCUUUUAUUACGAAGAAAAGCAAGAAACAGAAAGCAAUACAAUACCAAAACGAAUACAAUCAGCAAUUAAAUGGACAAUUGGAUUUUUACUUUUUCUUUUUGUCUUAAUCAUUCUUGGAAUAUUUGUUCCUCAAUUGGCAACAUUACCAUCUGAUAAUUCCACGAGUGAAUGGGAUCAUGUUAAAUAUUUAAUUGAUCAUUUCGAUAGUUCAAGAAUUGAAGAUUCGAUUUCAUUCUCAAUUUUUACUAUCAGUAUCAUUGGAUUUUUUCUUUUAACAAUCUAUACAGGUUACGGUUCAAUUGCUUGUCCAUUAUCAUUAAUUCGUGGUAAACGUAGUGCACGUUUACAACAAGCAAGUAUUGAAGAUCAACGUAGUGAAAUACAAAGACAAAUACGAUUAUUAAAAAAUCGAUAUCCACGUCAUAUACCAAUGCCAAUUCGUGAAAAACAUCGAUUAGCUGAACUUGAACAAGAAGAUGCAGCUUUAUGUCGAAAUGAAGAAUCUAUCAUAAAUGUUCGAGAAAGUUUAUUUUUUAAAUGUCGUUAUAUAUAUCGACCAGUACAAAUUAUUCUUGGAAUAUUUUUAUUCAUAUUGGCAAUUGUUAUAUUUAUUUCACUUCUAUUGAGUAAUGUUAAUAAAUGUAUAAAUUUCGUGAAUUUCAAACAAAUAUUCGCACAAGGAAAUCAAACAUUACCUAAUCCAAUUAAUAUUAUUUUAACAUGGACAGGACAAUUCUAUCCAAUUAGUUAUAUCUUUCUAACUGGAUUACUUAUUUAUAUUAUAUUUACAUCACUCUAUGGAUUACAACAACUUGGUAUUUGGUAUUUUUGGGUUCGAAUGUAUCGAUUUUCUCGUGGAAGAACUAAACCACAAGCUAUAUUAAUGCUUUGUUCAUUAUUAAUGUUUAUUGUUGUUGCAAUCAAUAUAUUCGUUUAUCUUCUUAUACCACAAUACGCAAUUUAUGGUGAUCAACAUUAUUCAGCAAUUGGAAAUAAUGGAACGAUUAUCAUUGAAAAAUGUACACAAUUUGUAAAAACAGAUGACUGUCAAAUGACAGUAAUGGGUCGUAUUAUACUUCGAUUUUUCUAUAAAGUUUGGUUUUUUGGAGCCAUCUAUUUUUGUCUAAGUUGGAUAUUUCUUGUUAUAUUCUUGGCAAGUUUUAUAUUGAAAUUAUUUACUCAUCGUGAAUCAAAUAUACAAGAAUAUACAGUUGAUCGUUUAUUAGAAGGUGAUGGUGAUGAAGAUGAUGAUGAACCGUUAAUUCAAUAA